AUGCAUCGUCUUCUAAAGUUUUGCAUCAUCACAGUGGAAAAUCUUCUUUUCAAUCACAGAGUUCAAUCCAUUCGGAAGAUUAGCAUGAUAAGUGAGUUGGCUCUCUCACAAGAUGACUAUACCAUUAAGGUCCGUGUCAUCCGUUUGUGGAGACAAACUUCAUGGAAUCAACAACUUCGUAUGAUUGGCAUGAUAUUGAUGGAUAAAAUGGGCUCAAAAAUUGAAUGUAAUGUGGACAAACCAUUUGCAUCGCUUCAAGGAAAAUCUUUUGAAGAAUAUGGUGAUUACUACAUUCAUAAACCCACAUUAGGGUUAAAUGAAGGUGCUAUAAAAGGACAUGAAGUUUUUGUUACCCUAUGGGGAAGGUAUGCUGAUAAAAUUAAUGCAUAUGUCUCUAAGCAUACCUGUCAUUUUGUAUUGCUUAUUCAAUGUGCUAAGUUGAAGCUUGUCCGAGAUCGUCCUUAUGUCAAUAACACCUACUUGGCCACAAAACUUUAUAUUGAAGAUGACAUUGAGGAGAUAACAACUUUCAAAAAAAGGUUAUGUGAAAUUUCUACAUGA